GACCCAACUUCUCAUUUGGUGUCAUGCUAAAAAUAUUCAUUCUUGCUAUGUUGGGUAUAACAAUUCAGCAAAAUGUAUACUACGUUGGACUCCAUCUCAUUUCUCCAACUGUUGCCAGUGCCUUGGGCAAUGUCAUUCCUGCUUUUACUUUCUUAUUGGCAAUUGUACUGAGGAUGGAAAAGCUCAACUUGAAGACUGUAAGAGGGAGGGCCAAGCUUGCAGGGGCCAUCUUCUACAUCAUUGGUGCCCUGAUCUUCACAUUUUGGAAAGGUCAUUUUGUUGGGGGCCUUUGUUACUUCACCUAUGAUCCAACUUCAUUUCGAAAGUCCUGAGAAAGGCGAUGCCUAGCUUAAAGGCUCUGCUCUUAUGCUAUUCGGCUAUUUUGCAUGCAGUGUAUCGCUUGUUCUUCAGGUAUUUGCGUCAAUGGUGUCCCUUGUGUUGUCACUUCCCUUUUAAUUACUACGUUAUGUUAAUCAUGAGUAUUCUCAGGCAUCCAUCUGUGAGAUCUACCCAGCCAAACUCACCAUGAACGUCGUGAUGUGCUUCUUCGCAGCACUGCAAUCUUCUGCACUUUCCCUCAUCUUUGAAAGGAAUGCCUCGUCAUGGAGAAUGUUUCCGCUAUUUACUCAUCUUAUUUUGUGCAUUGUAUUUGUUUGGGUAAGUUAAAGUUGAUUAAGAAAAUCAUUAGAUGCAAUAAUAGAAAUUCCUUGAUAUGUGUGCAUAAUAACUAGUGCCAAAGGCCAAAAAAGUUUUGCAAAAUGUUGGUCAUCUUCUUCCACUUCAUUCUACCCCUUUUUCAUCUCCAGCUCCUCAUUACUCUACUGUUUGAAGUUGCAAACCUCCUGUUAAAUCUGCCUUCUUUGGCCAAU